UCAAUUAGACAGUGAUUGGGAAACUGAAAAUGCACGAAAACGUUUUAUAAAUUCCAUGCAAGACCGAAAUCGCGCAGUCGAAGUGUAACGUAUGUGCAGUGCAGAUGUUGAGGUAACGGUAAAAGUGAAAAUUUCAGUGCUCAAAGACAAUGCGAAACUCUGUUUGUAUAUUUGCGUUGAAUCUUCUUUGUCUGCUGCAUUCGUGCCGCACUCGAAAAGUGGAUGAACUAUUAACUGAGCUCAAUAAAACUCCUCCUCCCUCGUCUUACCGUGUAUCAGCACCAAAGCUGAAACAACCCUUAAAUAGGGUACCGGCCCACCUUCAAGACAUUGGGUAUGUUUAUGAAGACGCAGAUGAUGUGAUUCAUAUCAUUGAGCCUCCGCAACGAUUUCAGUUAUUGAAACGGCUCGUAAGUCAGACGGAAAGCCCACGAAAGCUAAGGAUUACUCGCGUGGAGUCAAUGAACCAUUACAGUUUGCCAAAGCCAAUGGCAAUGACAGCCGCCACGGCCGAAAUAUUCAGUGCAUCGAAAUUCAAAACGAAAGUGAAGAAAAUGCCCGAAUCUACGGUUAAACAGCUGCAACCAGUGAAGCAACAACUCGGAGGAGGCAUAAAAGUAAAUCAACCAGUCAAACUGCUUCAUACGCGCGCGCAUAAUAGCAAACCAGUAUUCAGCAACGAUGACUCUAUAGACUUAGUGCCACAGGAAGCACAGACAUUGGCAAUGAUGUCGCCACCGCUGCCACUGCCGCGCGAAAUUUUAGCGUCCGUUCGUAAAACAGAGCGACUGCUUCAGCAGCAACCACAACCAAAACAGCAUUUGCAUCGAGUUACCCAGCGUCAAAAAAAGCUCGCAACCCAUACAGUAGUUAUUGGGCAAGCUUUCGAACGUAACAAAUUUUAUCGAACCACUGAUCAUAAAAUAAUGGACGAAAAAUUACGAAAAUCCCGCGUUCGUCGUGAAGUACGUAACAUUCCUAUUCAUGGGGAAUCUUUCGCAGGAGCUCGAAGGACUGACAAGCUACCAUCCGCGUUAGACGUCCUCAAAAAUGCUAAUUUGGAUAUCCAAAAGGGAACCAAGUUACUUCUGCACUUAGAUGAGUUAUUAAAAAAUGCCAGCUUAUAUUUGCCUGAUAAAGGCGAAGUUGUCGAAUUGAGUGAAAAAAGCAACAACUCUAAUAAGAGCUUUUUAAAGAGUAUAACUAAAUCUGAUGCUACAAAUCCAUUGGAACAGAGAUUCUCCCCCAGUCGAAACCAAAGUGCAAAUAAAAGGCGGAGAAUAUUCACUGACGUAAAUGUAAACAAACAAAAUGCACGCACAAAUCUAGCGCUGAUAGAGGGCGCAAACAAAACUAAUUAUAAUCAAUUUACAGCCGGUUCUCUUCUCUACGAUGAUGUCAUGUCCAAUAUUCGAAACAUGCUGCAUACGAAAAAUCGUCAACUCUUAGAGGAUCAACAAAACAGCAGCUUUAAUGGAAGGAAAGUGACAGUGAACUUCAACGGUUCUCUGCCCCUUUUACCCAUUGAUAAUGGCGAGCCAAUAGAAGUGAAGCAAUUGCAAGAGUAUAUUUAUGAGCUGCAGCGUAUUUCAAAAUCUUUACAAAACCAAAACACCGACGUUUCAUCGGCGCCCACACAACAAUCAGAGCAAUCUGCGAAUAUGACUGACUCACCUGACUGGUACCUGAUUACUUCCCAGGGCUCAAUUUAUGAAGCGCGGUCGCGAUCCAAACCGAAGCCAACCACAUCGUUUUUUCAUCGCUUCCCCGAUAUACCAGUAAAACGGGGCGUAAUGGUGAAUAAUCAGACAUUGCUCUCUCCGCACGCGACACUAGCCUAAAAGCGCAGUUUCCCACAGAUGUAAAAACGGAGAACGUGUCAGCUGGUACGAUUUAACUUAUGGGAUCUGCGUGUUAACAAAAACUCAUCACCUCAUGAGACCGUGAUGUAGACGUUGAUUCUCUCUCUCUAUCGACAGCAAAUUUUAUAUGUUUCUACGUAGAAGAAGAGAAUUUGUCUCCCAUGCAAUUUUCCUCUUUUAUAAUUUGCUGUGUAACUAGUUUUACUUAAGAAACAAUAUCCAUUUGACGAAUGUUGGGGAUCGAACUGAAGUUUGAUAACAAAAACAGCUUUGCCCUCCUUAUAAAACUUUACGAUGAAAUUUGCUGAACUAUUUUUUAUAUCUGUUCUAUGAAAACUCUGAUUGAAAGCUUCAAAGCCGUUUUUCGUUUUGUUUUUGAUUGUUUCUAAUUAUGAUGUUUUUCAAGCAAGCGAGCGACAUACAUAUGUAAGGUUUACAUACCUACUUAUAAAUAUGGUCGAUGCCUUUGCAAAACCGACCAUCGAACACUUGCAAAAGCGCCAAAUUCGCCGUUGUGGCAAAGAUUAGAUUCGCUCUCCCUGAACGUUAGACAUCGAGAACUAUGCAUAAAAAUCGUAAAAUCAUUAUUAUUUAGAGCAACAGAUUUGUAAAAUAA